AUUGUAGAGAAAUUUGAAAAUAUAUCUUUCUUACAAUAUUUGCAUCAUGUUAUAAAUUAUUAUAUAAUAUUCAUAAUAUUAUUUAUAGAUUGUUGAAAAAGAGAUGGUAUUCAAAUCAUCAAAAUUUUUAAUUAGUUUAAUUAAUUUAUUACCAGUAUUCAGCAUGCUCAAACACAAAUGUAUAUCAGUAUAAAAUAAAUUCAUUUUGUGAAGUAAAUGUGUUUAGGUAUGGUAAAAGUGAUUAUGAAUAAGUGAAGUUUAGAAAUGACUAACGUAAUAUCUUCUCCGAUUUAUCUUGAUUGAAUAAAUAACAAAAACAUAACCUUAACAUAUUCAACCUAUAACAAGAGUUAUAAAUAAAAUAAAUAACAACAAUGCAUAAAGCAAUUUCAAGAGUUUUUUUUUAUGAAAAACAUAACUCAAUUUAUUUUUUAUACAAUCCAGUGCAACGUUAUGUUAUAAAAAUAGGAAAUAAAGAUGGGAAAAAGGGGAAAGUAUCUAACCUAAAAGAUUAUUGGUUUGGUAGAUAUGUAAAUUAUAUACAAAAAUAUGUAGUAACUUUAGACAAGAAUUUUCCGAAAAUGAUGCAGUUAUAUCGAAACUUCAGUAAUGGUAUCAAAUAUUUCUAUUCUGAUUUACAAAAAUAUUUAUCCAUACUAGUGAAACAGAAUGUGGAAGGUUUAGAUAAUUUAACAAGACAAGAGAUUCAGUUGGCGUAUACAAUGCCCAAAGAUCUAAAGAAGAUUUUACCUGUUAUUCUAAUAUCUUUGAUUCCCUUUUCAAACUACAUAAUCAUGCCUUCAGUAUUUUUAUUUCCAAGACAACUGUUGACUCAUCAUUUUUGGACACCAGAACAGAAAGCAAGUUUUAUGAUUUAUUUUCAUAAGAAAAGGUUUAAACACAGUAGACCAUUAUUUUAUUGUAUGGAAAGUAAAAUUAACUACAUUAAUAAUGAACUAUUAAAAAUUAAAUGGAAUGGAAUCAUUGCAUGUUUGGGUAGUGGUGAACAUCCAACAAUUCAAAAUGUGAUAUCAUGUAUUACUUUAUUUAAAAGUUCACCAUAUUCAAUGAAUACACUUGAACAUAAACAUAUGAAAAAAUUACUUGGCAUUCAUGGACUAUCUAUGUGGACACCUUUCAGAAGGAGACGUUUAAUAGAAAGGGCAAUAUUGUUAAAACGAAUGGAUGAUGCUAUUGUUAAAGAGGGAGGUGUAGAUAAUAUGUCCAUAGAAUCGUUAUGUUGGGCUUUAUCUUUUAGAGGAUUAAAUCCUGUAAAUAUGUCAAUAGAAGAUAUGAAAAAUUGGCUUGACGAUUGGUUAAUAUUAUCAGCAUCAGUUGAUAAUUCUACACUAUCUUUAUUAUUACAUAGUCCGAUUUUUUUAGCUUAUAAUAAUAGCAAUAACUUACAUUUGCUGUAUAAAUAAAAUAAUUAUUUCUACUACUAUC